AUGUCACGACUCUUUGAGCCAUUGGCCGUCGGGUCAACUUCGUUGGAGCACCGAGUUGUUAUGGCGCCUCUGACUAGAUUCCGCUGCGACGAUGAUCAUUGCCCAACUUCCAUGACAAGAGAAUACUACGAACAACGUGCAUCAACGCCUGGUACUCUUAUCAUCAGUGAAGCAACCUUCAUAUCCCAAAGCACAGCCGGUUCCGACAACGCACCUGGCAUCUGGUCCGACGCUCAAGUCAUAGCAUGGCGCAGUAUAACCGACGCCAUACACGCAAAGGGUUGCAAAGUCUUUUGUCAGCUUUGGCAUCAAGGACGAGCUAGCAACCCUGAAGUUGUUCAGAGGAACGACUACCCUCUUCUCUCCAGUAGCGCUGUUCCCGUUGAUUCCUCAAUGCCAACUCCUCAAGAAAUGAAAGAAGGCGAGAUACAAACUACUAUAAAGGACUAUACAUCUGCUGCGAGGAACGCGAUCGCAGCUGGCUUUGAUGGCGUUGAGAUUCAUGGUGCGAAUGGGUACCUACCUGAUCAGUUCUUACAAGAUACUUGUAAUAAACGCACUGAUCUCUGGGGAGGAAGUAUUGAGAACAGGGCCAGGUUUCACAUUGAAGUGACAAAAGCUGUCAUCGCAGCCGUCGGAGCCGAUAAGACGGGAAUGCGCCUCAGUCCCUACAGCGAUUUUCUAGGCAUGCUCAUGGACGACCCAGAUCCACAGUUUCACUACCUCAUCGAACAACUCAAACCUCUUGGUUUAGCAUACCUGCACCUCAUCGAAGCUCGUAUACGUGGUAACGACGACGCUGAUUGCGGUGGUCAACGGACAGUUCGGUGGAUUGUUGAGUUGUGGAACAACACAAGUCCUGUGAUCCUGUCGGGCGGAUUCAAGAGCGAUUCAGCCAAGAUCGCUGUUGAUGAGAGUUACAAGGGGUAUGAUGUAUUGAUUGCUUUUGGAAGAUAUUUUGUUGCGAACCCGGAUCUUGUGUUUCGUUUGAGGACGGGUGUUGGGUUGGAGGGAUAUGAUAGGACGUAUUUUUAUACUCCCAAGAUAGCGAGGGGGUAUACUGAUUAUGCGUUUAGUCAGGAGUUCCUGAGUAGGGACACUGCAAAGGUGUAA